AUGAAAUCAAUUGAAAAUAUCAUCAUAAACGAAAAUAUGAUUGUAUCGUACCUCAAAAAGGAAUUAGAGUUGUUGCAAAAAGGGGUGAAGUAUGGAGAAGUAUUAAAAAUAUAUUCAACCUUCAACAAGACUCUUAAACCAAUAUAUGAACCAGAAAUUGAUAUUAUUAAUACAACAACAGACUGUGAUGAAACAGAAGAAGAGAACUUUAUUGAAAAAGAAGUGUCUGAUAAAAGAGAUGAGUCACAAAUAGUUAAUGAAGAAAGAAGGAAUAAACGAAGAGUGAAUAAACAGAGAGAAUUUACAAAACCAUAUCAUUCAAUGAUACAUAGUGACCCUACAUUGGAUGCUCUUGAUGAUAUUCCAUUGAAGAAUUAUCAAAAAACAAUUAAACGUUAUUUAAAAGAGUAA